AUGAGCCGAUUCAACAAAGCGGCUCUUGAAAUCCGAGACCUCAAUCCGGCCGUCGCCCUUCAUCAUUUGACUAUAGCUCUGAAGCCGGGACCAUUUGCUAACAGCAUCUGCAAGAAACCCCCGUCCGACAUGGACGACUUGAGAUGUCGUGCCGACAAAUACAUGCAGAUGGAGGAACUCGCGAAAUUCCGUAAUCAGGCCAAGGCGGAGGUAGCGGCCAAGGUUGAGAAGCCGGCCGAAAGCUCUUACCGUAACCGGCCCAAGGACCUCGUCCCAAGAGACAAGCCUGUGCGAGGACCGAGGUACUCUCAUUAUACUCUGCUGAAUACUAGCCGAUUGGCUGUCUUGGACCAAGCACUUGCUUCGGAGGUCCUGUCAGUGCCGAAGCGAGCUGCGACUCCUCCUCGUGCCAACACUACCAAGUCUUGCAAGUAUCAUCGUAACAGGGGCCACUCGACUGACGAAUACGAUGACCGACGACAUCGUAGAGAUCAGCCUGACCAAGACAGGUCCGACAGGCACCCCUACAGGGAACGGAGCCAGUCGAGGGGCCGGAAGGAAGACGACCCGACACCCCAGCCUCAAAGAGUCAUCAACACCAUUGCCGGUGGAUUCGCAGGCGGCGGUUCUACCUCUUCAGCACAAAAGAGACACCUCCGAGCCGUCCGAGCUGUGCACGCGAUUGAACGCACUCAACGAAGGAUGCCUUCCAUCACAUUCACCGAGGCCGACUUUAAAGGCAUCGAUCCCGAUCAAGAUGACCCCAUGGUUAUCAGCGUUGAGAUCCACAACUGCAUUGUUCGGAAGACGUUGGUCGACCAGGGAAGCUUGGCCGAUAUCCUCUACUGGAACACCUUCAAACAGCUCGACACCCCAGAGGCCGAGUUGAUUCCCUACAAUGAGCCAUUGGUUGGAUUCUCCGGUGAACGUGUCCAAACCAAAGGGUACAUCAAGUUAUCCACUCACUUCUGCUUCGAUGGAGCCGAAGCUCGAGACAUCUCGGUGAACUACGUGGUUGUGCACGCCAACACGUCAUACAAUAUCCUCCUCGGAAGGCCCUCCCUCAACAAGUUGGGUGCGAUCGUGUCAACCCCACACUUAGCCACGAAAUUCCCUUCCGAGUCGGGUCGGAUCAUUUCCAUCCAUGCCGAUCAGAAAGCGGCUAGGGAGUGUUAUUUCGCUAGUCUUCGGUUGCCUCGACUUGAAACGGCCGAGCCGCGUGGAGUGAAACGAGUGCACAUAGUGGCCCAAGAAAUUGACACAAUUGUGGACUUCGACCCUCGAAUGGAGCAAGACGAGAGGGUCGAACCGAUUGAAGACCGACACCCUAUUGUCAUCGGGCCGACCGACCUACACGUGACCUACCUGGGUUCCAACCUGUCCGCGACGGAAAGGCGCGAAAUCGGACAAGUCGUUAGAUAA